UGAGCAAUCGUGUGAAUACAAGCAUUACAAUUGUGUGACUAUCAUCUAAAGCAUAAAAACAAACAUAAUAAUAAUUUGAAAGGCUAAAAAAAAAAACAGAAAAUGGGUUUCUAUCCACCUUCCUCCUGGUUCCUUCAUCCUGAGCUUCAUCAUGUUGUUUCCAAGAUGUCUUACCUUGAUUCCUUUUUGUUCUAUAUUGUGCAUUUAGUGGACAAGCUAGGAUUAUGGCACAGGUUUCCAGUGUUACUGGGAGUGGCUUACUUGGGAAUACGGAGACAUCUACACCAACGUUACAAUCUGAUACAUGUUGGUCGAAUCAACGGUCAGCGUUAUGACACGGAUGAGUUCUCUUAUCGCACGGCUGAUGGCAAGUGUAACCAUCCCUCCGAUGACUCUGUCGGUAGCCAAGGCACCUUUAUUGGCCGGAAUAUGCCUCCAUGUACUUCUCAGUACGGCAUUUUGGAUCCACAUCCAAGUGUGGUGGCUACAAAGUUGCUAGCUAGAAAAAGAUUUAUAGACAACGGGGACCAAUUCAACGUGAUAGCUUGUUCGUGGAUUCAGUUCAUGAUCCAUGAUUGGGUUGAUCAUUUAGAAGACACCCACCAGAUUGAGCUUAAGGCUCCAGAAGAAGUAGCAAGUGGAUGUCCGUUGAAGUCAUUUAAGUUCUUCAGAACCAAGAAAGAACUAUCCGGUGAUCAUCACAAAUCUGGUUCUGUCAACACUAGAACCCCAUGGUGGGACGGGAGUGUAAUAUAUGGAAAUGAUGAGGCUGGAAUGAGAAGAGUAAGAGUUUUCAAGGACGGGAAGCUAAGAAUCUCCGGGGAUGGUUUGUUGGAGCGAGACGAAAGAGGUGUUCCAAUCUCCGGUGAUAUAAGAAACAGCUGGUCAGGUUUCUCUCUGUUGCAAGCCCUCUUUGUCAAAGAACACAACUCUGUUUGUGAAAUGUUCAAAGAAAAGUAUCCAGAUUUUGAUGAUGAAAAACUCUACCGGACUGCGAGAUUGGUGACAUCAGCAGUUAUCGCUAAGGUUCACACAAUAGAUUGGACAAUAGAACUCUUGAAGACAGACACACUAACUGCUGGAAUGAGAAUCAAUUGGUAUGGCUUUUUAGGGAAGAAAGUGAAAGACACGAUUGGUGCAAGAUUUGGUCCAAUACUUAGCGGAUUAGUUGGUCUGAAGAAACCGAAAGAGCAUGGAGUUCCUUAUUCUCUGACCGAAGAGUUCGUUAGUGUCUAUAGGAUGCAUUGUCUUCUACCAGACACACUUAUCCUCCGAGACAUGAGUCCUGAGAAAGUAGAUAAAGCAAACCCUAAAAUAGAACGAGAGGUACCGAUGACUGAACUGAUUGGGAAAGAAAGCGGGAAAAAAGGUUCGAAAAUCGGGUUUGAGCAGUUACUAGUUUCAAUGGGACACCAAUCUUGUGGUGCAUUGACAUUGUGGAAUUACCCUAAUUGGAUGAGGAGCCUUGUGGCGCAAGACAUCGAUGGAGAAGAUAGACCUGACCUAAUAGAUAUGGCUGCCUUGGAGAUUUAUAGAGAUCGAGAGAGAGGAGUUCCUCGAUACAACGAGUUCAGAAAGAAUCUGCUGAUGAGUCCGAUAAAGAAAUGGGAGGAUCUGACAGAUGACAAAGAAGCUAUCGAGGCUUUAAGGGAAGUGUACGGAGACGAUAUAGAGAAGCUUGACUUAAACGUGGGGUUGCAUGCUGAGAAGAAGAUCAAAGGAUUCGCCAUUAGUGAAACAGCUUUCUUCAUCUUCCUACUCGUAGCCUCCAGGAGGUUGGAGGCAGAUAGGUUUUUCACGACGAAUUUCAAUGAGAAGACGUAUACUAAAGAAGGGUUGCAAUGGGUUAAUACAACAGAGACUUUAAAGGAUGUAAUAGACCGACACUUCCCGAACUUAACCAACCAGUGGAUGAGAUGUACGAGCGCUUUCUCUGUCUGGAGCUCAGAUUCUGACCCAACCAAAUGGCUUCCUUUGUACCUACGGUCCGCGCCAUAAGCUGUUAGAUGCUGCGUGAGACAUGUGUAUAAGUGUCAUGUGGUUGGUUCUUUCCUUUGGUAUAUAUAUAUUUUUUUGCUGGGGAAUUUGGAGUUAGUAUAUAUGAAUAAAAAUCAUAUGAGUAGAAGAGUUUUAGUCAUAAAUAAAUCAAACGCCCCAAUUUCUGGUUCUAGAACUUUAAUAUAAUUACAACAGUUUUUCUCUUUUUA